CUACGCAACAGCAACAACAACAAAUUUCAAGUUCCACGAAAGCUGAUGGGAAAAGUUUCGACAAAUCAUGUGAUAGGAAAUAAAGGACCGUCUGUGAGAAUUUCGCAAAUAAUGGUAUUUUUCUGACUUUGAACCAUUGCUGUAUCAGGCAAAAAAUAAAAAUGACGGAGUUAGUUGUAAAACUUGAUUUCCUGAAGUCAGUAACACCACACUUACAUGAUGCCAGUGAGCAAAAUCUUUCCAUAAAGGAACUGGACCCAAAAGUAGUUGGUCAAGAGCGCAAUGCGAUAUUGUAUACAUGGUUCUGUAGACAAGAAAAUCGACCGACAAAAUGGAAGACCCUGAUUUCUGUCUACGAUACCACAAGACAUGCUUCCAAAAUACUUUUCACGCACAAUGAUAAAAUCGAUGUUGUUAGUGCCAGUGUUAGCCAGACUUUCAUUCUCCUUGCUUUUACUGUGCGGGAGAGACAUACCAACGACAGCCACAGUCCAACAGAAAUUUUCAAAUCCUACCUUGCAGAGAUAGCACCUCAAAAGCGCGUGUUUUCUUUAAAUAUUGAAUGGCAUACUUAUCAAAAAGUUCAAUUUUUGUAUCAGCAACAACCAUCGUUGAAGGAGAUUUAUAUGCUUUUCAUCCACCAUAAAGAAUCUAUUGGCUUAUAUCGUAUACCUCUUGCGAAACUCGGUGACGAUGGGUUUGUCAUGAGUUCACAGCCAAAGACGGAUCAAAUCAUACGUCAGUUUCUUUGGAGUCAGUUUGACCCAACAGAACGAAGACUGUUUUUUAUUCAGCUGAAAGCACAGGAUGAGGAGGAAGGUGAAGGAAUGGUUAUAUUUAAUGCUAUUCAAUUUGAUGAUCGUGGUAAACACAGGUACAUCUUAAACUUUCAACUGCCAGUCUCCUUUAAUGUUGAACUCAUGAAGGAACCUGUUAGUUAUUUUGACACAUAUCUUGGACAAACUGUCUCAAAUAUGAAUUUGAAUAUCACGACCUUGACAUCUAGUAAAGGAGCUAUGAUGGUUUGCUAUCAACAUCCAGUUGAUGAUUCAGAUAGGGGCAGCAAAUUCCAAGAGAGCAGUGAAGCAGAUAGACUAUCUGUUAGUAGCACAAUGCAAGAUACCGAAAAGAUCACAUAUUCAGUUUUCUGCAUCCACGGGGGCUAUACUUUAACAUGUUCUGUGUCAUUUGUUCCAGCUGCUGCCUCUAGCAACAGAAUCUUGUUCACAAUGUUUGGUGACUAUCUUAUGGUAUUGCUUUACGGUUGCUUUUUGCAUCUUCUUGAUUGUGGGAGUGAACACGAACCAAUACAUCAUAUUCUACUAGGAGAGGAUGGCUGCACUGUUGUUCCUGAAUUUGCUCAAAAUGGAUGUCUGCUUUCAUCGGCUGUCUGGGAUUACAUGCCAGCUGUGCAUCACGGUGUUCUGCUAUAUGACAGUGUGUCACAGAAGAGCUUCAAAAUGGCCUUCAAUCACAAGUCGCUUAUUAAGAUAUUUUCGACAACAAGACACGCUUCGACGAGAAUGGCCAUUCUACAUUCUGCUAUUGUUCAUAUUAAAGACUCGAUGUUCAGCAAGAAGUUGAUUGAAUGCCUCUGCCAGGAUCCUUCCAACAUUGAAUGCAGUGAGCUGUUAAAAGAAUACCUUAUUGCUUUCUCUUACGCGCGGAUGAAGCAACAGCUUAGUUAUUUUCUGCUCAAACCGUUACCAUUUACAAGCUUUGAUCCCUUUCGAGGUCAAGUUGAACGAGAUCGAGAGAAGAAGAAAACAGUGUUUUUGUCGUACAAGAAAUUCAGUAAGAACCUUGUAGAUGCACUGCUUUAUCUGCUAAAAGGGAUUGAAAGAGAGUACUGGUCAUACUUGCAAACAAACAUUCAGCUUUCUCAGGAUCCAAACUUAGCGAGGUUUCCUGUAAAAUCCCUUGCAUAUUCAUAUGUCGAUAUUGACAAAGAGUUAAAAGCAGCUGUCAGAGAUGCUGUUGUGAAACCACAUGCAGGCAAGUUGCAUUUAGGCACUGAAGACGUGGUGCAAAGUUCUAAAAGCUCCACAAAGGAGAAAGGAGCUCAACUCAGAGAUGAUUACAUAUCAAAACUAAUAACAGAAAAGUUUUCUGCCCAUAUACUUAAAUGCUUUCCACGUGAGAAUAAAACGAGAGUGCAUAACAUCUGCGUUGAAUACGCGUUAUGUCGCGGGAAAGUAGUUAAGUCCUUAUGGAAGCACUUAACUAAGGUAUUGGGCUAUAAUCAGGAAUAUGAUGUGUAUGGAGAAUCGCUCACAAAGAAACCGUCUGCGACAGGCUACGCUUUAUUUCAGAUGUUAGAGCGGAUCCAUCUUUGUAUAACACAGCUUUGCUUUCCAGAGUUCAGAGAUAUGCAGAAUGUUUUGAUCGCUUUGGCAUACCGUUGUCUACCUUCCCAUUUGUUCUUGCAAUAUCUUCAUGCUUCGGUGUUCACGGUGUCACCUGAUUUCGUCACGCGUUUUAUUAGUGAAGUGCCAGAUGAAGAUAAUAUUGGUAUAAAGGUCGAGCUCGUGUCUGUCUUACCGCGAAGCCACACGAAAGCUGUUCUGUCCAAGUGGAAACACCCAAUCGCUAAGAGGUUCCUUGUAAACGAACUUCUUGGAAAAUUUGAUGGACCAAGUAAAUUGAAUGAAAUUGAUGCUCCUGCUACUGCAGACGGCAUGGAAGAAGGAGUCAACGACCAAGACGUAACUGGUUUCGACAGGUUUUUGCCACGUGAAACAUUUUUGAGAGCUAUUCGCCUUGAAGGUAAUUCAAAGGCUUUUGAAUCACAUCAGCUUACUGGGGAAGAGACAGAACUUCUAAAGUCGUUAUCGUUAAGAGAAUGAAUUUUACUAUCAUGUUUAGCUAUAUCACGUCCCUGUAUUAGAUAUAGAAGAUAUAUUAGAUAACAGAAUAUGAUUACCAUAGAAAUGACCGCAAGUCAAAGAAUGAAAAUGAUUUAACCUGUAGCGAAAGUUUCGUCCAUUGAUUCAUGUUAAUAAGAUACAUUUCAUCGCUUUAGGAACCCUCUAAAAUUAUUCUUCGAUUUAUAAAAAGUUGAGAGUCCUUUUACUAGGAAAGAGUUAUUGUUAAGUCACGAACUUUGUCGAACGAUCUCUCCGUAUAUAUUUUUGUAUAAUGGAACGUUUUAGGUUCGAAAGCACAACUUACAACGAAAGCACGGACAUACAAAUUUCGGACACAUGUUCAAGAAUUCCGGACAAAAACUUUUGGAUAUCAGGUUUUUGAUAAUACCAAAAUAUGUGUGGAAACUAACUGUACAUUGUUUAAUGACUGGCAACUUUACCUAGCUAUAAAGGUUGAAAAGAACUCGACAAAAAAGUAAAACUAAAAGAAAAAUUAAGGAAAGAUUAGGAGGAGAAAAGAUCCGUGAGCUUCAUGAAGUUUAAAGCGAAUUUUUCAAUGUCCUUGUAAAAAAUGAGACGUGUAGCAAUUCAAACUUUCUCAAGACUCAUGAACCUCGCUAGUACAUCAUGGACAUCAGCUAGUAUCCUAAUUAUUUUAACCGGGAUGCUUACCAAUUCAUCUUUCAAUCUUUCUCUCUUAAUGUCCCUUUCAUAUCGUAAGUCCUAGUCAAACUGACCAAAUAUCACCUAACAUUGCAAAAGGCACCCACAUUACGGUGGAAGGAGACAGCCAGACAGACAAUCAUUGCCCUUGAAAUGAGCAAAUUUCCUGAAUUUGCUGAAGAAUGACAUUAGUUUUCCGAGAAUUUUGACAGGCAUUGGGUAUUAGUAGCUACAUACAGCUUAAUAUUGUUAAAAAGAACGGCCCUCCACUGUCAGUCAACCAAUUGCUUUUGCUAUUUAUAAUUUCAAGCGAAGAGAAAGCUUUACAUUUGAUUACUAGCAAGUCAUUGACCAAUUAACUUAUCUGCACUUCUUCGAAAAGAGUUGAAACUCUAAGAGCUCAAAUGAAAUCUGAUCUUAAUUCUUAGCUCUACAUGAGAUUUCAAACCCUUUUUACACGAGAGGAAAUGUAUGAAUUCAAUUGGGUCCGAAUUUACGAAUCGAAAUCGAUAUACUGUUGACUGUUGCUGUUUAGCAUAUUCCUUUUUUACAAUGUUUAUUAGAUUAACCGUAUUUUAUGGCUGAAUCUUUAGUGGGUGUGGUUCAAUUUUUUCUGCUACGCCCUAGACCGGGCCCUUUGAGUUUGCUAGCCACCCUGCAAUUUUGACACCAGACCGCCCCUGGGCUAGGGCUUUUUACUUUAAGCUAAUCUAGGUACUGUCUUUUUUCGUUUAACGUAGGUUAUUAUCAGCUCUAUGCUGCCUUCUCGACCCCUGAUAUAAGAAAUAGACAAUGCAUAGAUGUAUGUAUGCUUCUAUUGUGCAUCGAAUUAUCGAUAAUGGUAGUAUUUUGCAACUGAAACUUAACCACUGGUAUUAGUGAACGAAAAUCAACGAAUUAACAUGCAAUACACAUUUGAAAGAGAUUAUUACCUGCUUGAGAAACAUGCCAUUUCACCAAUAAUCGAAAGCUGUGGAUUGUUUCGCUCACUCAAAACAUGUAUCCCAUCAUUUGGACGAGAACUGCAAUGCAUCGACGAUCUUCACCCAGAAUUGUAACAGAUACAGGUCAACGCUAUGCUUACCACAAAGUCAUUUGCAAGGCCGUGUGUAUGUUAUUUUUACAACUGUUUUGAAUGAACAUAGGUUGGCCUAAACAGAAACAGAACUGCACUUCAAGAUUGAUCUCCUUAGAUAUUUUCAAAAUCGAUCUUUAAAACCCAAUGGACGCUAAAAUCAUGAUUUCCUCAUGAACGACCUUCUUUAGGCUUUGCCUGUGAAUGUCUCUUGAUAGGACAGCUGAACAGUAGAGGUGUUUUUCUUUCAACCAGGUUUUCCUUUCAACGAUUUUUCUUUUGUGAACCGAAUUUUUUCGAUAGUGGUACUGUGCAGCAUGCAUUCGCCCAAAUUCAUUUGAGAAAGUAAUGAAACAUUGAGAAAGUACCGAAAAAUUGAAGAAAACCAAGCCUAAUGGAAUCAAAUUUGCUAACUUGCUUGAAAGAAUUAUUUUUCUGGCCCUAUAUCCUAAAUCUUUUCUGGCCCUAAGCAUUUACUCACCUGGCUGCACAAAUCCUUACACAAUUGUACUUGAGAAACCAAAAAAAGAAUACGAGAGUGCUUCAUUUAACCGAUAAAGAAUUUGAGUAAUGCUUUGAAUAAUGAAUAAGUCUUCUCCUUCAUAAAAACCAAAAUCUAAUGCAAUGUAAACAUCAAAAUCUGGUUUCUAAAUUUGAUGUAGUUGUGGAAUAAGUCAUUCUAAUCCAAGACAUAAGUCGACCAAAAGCCAACCAUCCAUAUUCGAUCAACACACUGAAAAGACAUCGAUAAAAACACCUCAAAGUAUAUUUGAUGGGUACCAUAGCACUAAGACAGCCUAAUACAAAAAAUCCUAUAGAUCAAGCUAAUGCAGUAUGGACAGACGUUUUGGAUUAAGAGCGUGUGCGGGAUGGUAAAAUUAACCAAAAAGACUAUUAAUACACCAAAGAAAUGAAAAAGUGCCACAAAAGUCUUCAAAAUAGAGGAUGGGAUCAGCUCUCCACAUCCGUUGGUACUUUUUGAAGUCUUAAGCAAUCCUUGAAAUUUAUUCAUGCUAGUAUGUAUUAAUGCUUCCCAAUAUUGUCACAACUAACAAUAAAACACCAUAAAAAAUGAAAAAAAAUGAAAUACAAUACAAUACAAUACAAUACAAUACAAUACAAUACAAUACAAUACAAUACAAUACAAUACAAUACAAUACAAUACAAUACAAUACAAUACAAUACAAUACGUUAGCAUAUGUGAUGUUUGCUACAGAAAAAGUCGUUAUCUUUAACUAUUCGUCUUAAGGUAACGAUUUUCACCACUCAAAGCAGCAAGCAGGUGAGUCUCGACUAAAUGCAUUGAAAGAAAGUUGAGACAAAUAAAGCACUAGAUUGGUUAUCAAAAUAAAAAGGGAUUUUGGUGGCAACGAUAAGCCAAAAAAUUACUUUACAAUUAUCAAGAAAAAAAACUAAUUGUCUAUGGCAUAUAAAUAUAUGAUAAAAAGCAAAAUAUUUAAAUUAACAAAGAGUUGGGAUUUUCAAAAUUCUGACGCUUCCUUCUAACGAAAAGCUGUUUUCCUUGAGACUUAAAAGUUAACAGAGAAUAGGAAAGGCUUACUUAAAAAGCUCUCUAAAAACCUAUAACUUUGCAAAACAAUAGGAACAGCAGAAAACAGUAUCGUCAGAAAUUUAGGGCAUCUUAAAGGCCCCAUUCAUAUUUUCAGUUCCCACCUUAAAGACUCAUUGCUAACAAUGGGCCUUUGCGAGCGUGGCGACGAUCCAAACAAUGCCAGUAAACUUCUACGGAUUAAUCAAAAUUGAUUUCCGACUGUCUAAAAAUGCAUUAUGGGAUGGUUGCGUAGCGCAAUGGCUCAUUGUUAGCAACGAGUCUUUAAUUAGAAGAAAUUCUAUAUCAUCAUUAUCAUUAUUGGCGUCUUAAAAAUUAUGAUUUCAUAAUAUAAAAUUUAAAGUGGCAUCUUAAAACUGUAAUUCUACCGAAGCUUAACGGAAAAGCUGUAUUUUACACAAAAAACCCUUGGGAACAUAAGUACUACAUAUCUCUUUAGUAAAGACAUCGUAGGAUUUCUAUUCAUCUUGUCCUGUUUUCCUGAUGUAGGAUCUAUAUAUCUCUAAAUGAUCUAAGUCUGCUUCGAUUGAUAUUUAUGAAGAAAUCGAAUUCAUGAAUGACCCUUGAAUCCUACUAAACAAGUCUAGCCGAUUUCAGGUCAAACACUACUUAAGAUUACUGUAUGAUGAACGUCACAAAACUUUUAGCAGAUGUAUAAAGCAACUUAAACCUUCACCAAAAUUCAUGCAAAAACUUUCUUUAAAGAACUGGUUGUAUCUUGAACUGACGCCUUUUACUUCCUGUCUCAAAAAAUAUGAACUCUCCUCCUCAAACUUCUCCUCAAAACUAUAACAGGACUGAGUGUAACCAAAUGGGUUCUCUUGUUGACAUGAAGUCAUGUACGAAAAGGAACUUGGUGCACAAAUGUUCCUUUGAACGCCCAACAAUAUCAAUUUGAGAGCACAUUUACCCUCUCAACAAAAAUGUAAGCUACUUCAUGGUUGAGAGCUAGUCUCUUCUACAUCUACUUGUAUAAUAGGCAUCAAACGAUAUUCGAAUUAGGCCCAUCUACCACAUUUCUUUGUACUGAAUCUGCAACGAAAUUGUGGACCGAUGUUCCAAAUUCCAUUGCACAGCAUUAAUAUUAUCAGCUAGCUUCACCAAUGCAUUCAUUUAAUGGCAUAUUUCACACGAUUUGGGGCAAUACAGAGCCAUCCUUCCUUUGUGAUUGUCUGAACCACAAACAGGGACAAAUCUUUUGCAGAAUGUUUUGGCAAAGUCUCUACAGGC